GUCCGAAGUGAAUUUCUGUAAAAAAGAGCAGCUUUAUCAAAUAAAAGUGAGCGUCCCAGACCAACAGUUUGACGAAAACGUCGCUGGACCUUCGACUAAUGAAACAGGAGAUGAAAUUGCUUCCGUUGAUCUUGAAUACAUGUCGGAAAACGCAGGAAAGACUUGCCUUCCACAACGAGCUGCUCUUCUGAAAUCGAUGUUGAAUUUCCUCAAGAAAGCAUUUCAAGAUUCUACUUUCGCAGAAAGUAUCCGUCACCUCAUGGAAGGCACAUUACCUAAUUCUCUAAAGAACAUUAUCGCCAACGCCGAGUACUACGGUCCGUCCCUAUUCUUGCUAGCCACAGACGUUGUUACAGUAUACGUCUAUCAAGAACCGGCGUUGUUAUCCGCUCUCCAAGACAAUGGCUUAACCAAUGUGGUCUUACAUUCUUUAUUGGUUAAAGAAGUGCCUGCCACUAGAGAGGUUCUUGGCUCCCUCCCCAACGUGUUCAGCGCCCUAUGCCUAAACAACCGUGGCCUGGAAUCAUUCGCCAAGUGCAAACCAUUCGAAAAAUUGUUCAAUAUAUUACUGUCACCCAACUAUUUACCGGCAAUGAGAAGGAGACGCAGCUCCGAGCCCCAAGCAGACACGGCCUGCAACCUGGGUAACGCUAUGGACGAACUGAUGCGUCAUCAGCCUAGCCUCAGGCAAGACGCUACUCUCGCCAUCAUCAAACUUCUUGAAGAGCUGGUUCGACUAGGAACUGACCCGAAAUAUGUGUGCUGGAGACCGCACAGCAAAUCCGAAAUAUCUCCUUCAACUAAUUCCAGAUCCGCAACCAAUGCCGAAGGCUCCUCUGACGAGGAGGAAGAAGAUGAAGACGAGACAUCUACUUCUUCCCAAAACGGGCAAACCGAAAGCCAAGUUCAAGCUAACAGUGAACGAACUCCGGUAGCUCUGAUCGAUUACAUACUCAAUGCUAUGAAGUUCAUUGAUGCUAUUCUCAGUAAUAACUCUACCGACGAUCACUGCAGAGAGUUCGUCGAGAAAGGAGGAGUGGUGCCCUUAUUGAAGAUUCUUAGCCUUCCCAAUCUGCCUGUGGACUGCCCGGUGACCAAUCCCGCCCAAGCUGUUGCUACCGUUUGCAAGAGCAUCUUAAAUCUAGCCCACGAACCAUUCUUAUUCAGUCAAGGCCUCUCACAGCUGGAGGACGUUUUGGACUCGCUGAAGCCUCUGUAUGCCAAACAGGAAGUACCUGGAGGAUCAAAGUUGCUGAUGGAACUGGCAAAUGCCUCAGAUAUAGAAAGCGCAUUCAGUACUGCAUCUGCUACACCUCUUCUUCACGCCAUGGGGGCUGCUCACGGUUAUGUUAUCAUGUUCGUUCACAUUUGCCGAACUGGCCAAACAGAAAUCAGGAGCCUGUCUGUUCAGCAUUGGGGUUCCGAGCAAGGACUUAAAGUGCUAAAGGGCCUCGCUGAUUUGUAUACGUCUUUGGUUUGGGAGAGCACACUUCUGUUGGCCUACUGCAGUGAUGAUUUGCUUCCCUCGGAUUGCGAUUUCACCAGAGAAGACAUUGAGAAGUUGAAUGCUUUCUUUGAUCGGUGUGAAGGAAACUCCACCUCUGACACCACCAGUAAUGUAGCAUCUGCAAUGGAAGCACUCACUACCAACCCACCACCUAUUACAAUGGAUGUCGAUAGUGAAACUGGCUCCAUUAUUAAUAAGCAAGACAACCGUAAUCUCAAAUACAUUAAGCCUCUGCUAGGGGCCUCAUCCAGACUUGGUAGAGCACUAGCAGAACUUUUUGGUUUGCUUGUCAAGCUGUGCGUUGGUUCUCCAAUACGCCAAAGACGCGGACAAAACAUCGUGGCCGCCCCACCUAUGCCGUCUCCAUACGCGAGAAAUGUGGCUACUGCCUUAAACGUACUGCUGGCAGAGGGAUUGGAUUGCGAGAAGUUGCCGCCAUGUCCCACUGCUAAGUGUCGGCUCACUUUUUUGAUAUGCAGUGUCGGAUUCACCAGCCCGAUGCUUUUCGACGAAAGACGCUACCCGUACCAUCUCAUGUUGAAGAAGUUUGUCAGUCUUGGAGGACAAGAUAUAUUUUUCAAAACGUUCAAAUGGGCCAUCAAUGCUGGAAACCUGAACGCCGAAGAGGAAGUUGAAUAUUCGUCUCUACCAGAGGGUUCGCUAGGAUUUUUGGAUGCUUGGCUGACGUUGCUCGAGAAGAUGGUGAAUCCCAAAGCAAUCUUGGAAUCUCCACACGUGAUUUCCAGUCGCCCAUCUCAAAACUACAGCUUCGAUCCACUGAAAUAUCUGAUACAGAUUCAAAAACUUGCCUUCGGAAGCGUUAUGUUACUUUGGGGUAAAACUCCAUUAGCCUCUUAUGGUUUAAGAACUACUGAAACUUUGUUGACUAUUCUUCGACAUAUAUUCAGAGGAGAAAAAAUAAUAAAAGAGAAACAGAAACAGAAAGCUGAUGAGACUAAAAUCACUGCAGACUCUCCAAGUAGUGCCGCAGGUUCUGGUCCUUCCAAUGCCGGACCUUCAUUCCGAGACUUAGAUGACAAUUUACGUCAAUUGAUGGACAUGGGAUUCUCCAGGGAGCACGCUAUUGAAGCUCUCUUGCAUUCUCACACCUUGGAGCAAGCAACUGACUAUUUACUUUCAAAUCCCCCACAAGUAGCUCGUUCGUCAACCAACUCGAUGGAUGUCGAAUCAGAAGAUGACCAAGUUUUACAGGCUAUAGCUAUAUCUUUGGGUUGUAACAAUGACCCUACUGUUGAUGCGAAGGAAACUGUGGAAGAAUCUGACCAGUCUUUUGAAACUCUUAUCAAUGAGUUUACAAAUCAUGCUUUGGAAGUCUGUUUGAAGUUGCUAGAGGCCAUACCUGAAACUGUCCACAAGGUCUGUGAGUUACUCGUAACCAUAAUGAAUAGAAAUGGCAGAACCUACAGAGACAAUUUGCUUGACACACUUGUUACAAGAAUUCGAGGAGGCAUAAAAGCUAUUUCAUUAUGCGCAAUGCAAUGUGAACCAAACGUUAUCAGCUAUUUCAGUGUGUGUGACUCGGAUCAAGCAAAACGGCUUUCAAAUUAUAUCCAUUUAUACAUUUUGUUCUUUGAGGUGUCGCCUGACAUGAGAAUACCGAGUGGAAACGCUAUCAACAGGGGUUGUCUAAUCGAACCUUUAUUGGAUUUGAUGUGCUACACUAUUAAUAUGAUGACUGAACUGAAAGUAACAUUUGAACCAAAGUGGCUUGCACCCUCUUUCUUAUUACUAGAUGCAAUGUCCAAAAUUGAGACCUGUACCACCAGAAAAUUAAAUAUGCUUCAGAACACAUGCCGCUUAUGGAGAUGGUAUGAUUUGGUUACGGGAAAAUGGGCUCACUAUUCGAGUACGAACAACAAGUUGAUUAAUGAUGCUUAUAUGAAGGGAGAACCUAACGUUCGUGUCACCUGCGGAAGGAAAAGAUACACUGUAACAUUUUCCAAUAUGUUACAAAUGAACGACGAAACUGGAAAUAACAGACCGAUUUCAAUGACAUUAACUACAUUUGGUCAUCCCAGUUGUAAUCAUUUUCACGGUCCCAAAAUUGAAGAACCGAUCUAUGCCCAUAUGACUGAAGAAGAAAAAAAGAUGUGCGCCCCAGAACCGGGACUCUCGUAUGAGCAGAAAAUAGAAGUUGUUAAACUCUGUGUUAAACUUUUACAUCUCCCUCUCGACAAGAACCUUCUCCACUCUACUUUGCAAAUUUGUGUUCGAUACACUAGAGAUUUCAAAAUGGCCAAGAUCUUUGUCGAAAAUGGCGGCGUCAAGUGUCUCUUGAAGAUGCGGCAAAUCAGCGACUUUGGAGGUUUCGGGAUAUUAGCCACGAUUUUGAUAAGACAUGCACUGGAAGAACCUAAUACAUUGAAGUAUGCAAUGGAGAAAGUAGUAAGGGGAAGAACUUUGGCUACAAUUCCUCCUCCCUACAAAGAUUUGAUUUAUUUGACCCGUCAAAUAGGCAGCGCCAUUACUCGAGAACCAGACUCAUUUUUUGAAGUUGCGAAUGGUAUUCUACGAAUUGACUUUAAUGCCAUCAAGUUCGAAGCUGCUGAUGUCUCGACACCAUUGAAAGUAGAGGCCCCGGUAAGAACUAAAGCUCCGCCUUUGGAAGAUCCUGUUUCGAUUGAGGUCAUCUGUGAUUUAUUGGAUGCUCUCUUGAAACCCCUCGAAGAUGAAAUUGUUGAAAGUGAGGACUCUGAUGAAUCCAAAUCUACAGAACCGGUGGCACCAUCUCCAGUGGUAGCCGAGGAGCUCCCUUCAACUAGCACGCAGUCUGCCGAAGCCAGCGAAAGCUCCGACGACAACUCCAGUAAAAAAAAUGAAAUAUCUGCGAAAAAACCCAUGCUGCCCAAGUCAGUGAUUCUUAAAAUAUUAGCUGACGCAGUGGUUUCAUUUGGACCUAUAGCUAAGUUGAUCACUGAAUAUAAAUACAAGCCAGAUGAAACUGAUGUGAUCACAGAAGAAACUUCAGCCUUGGCAUUUAUUUUCGACAAGAUUCUUCCGAGUACAUCUGAUCUUUCAGACACUGAUUGUUCUACCAUGUGUAGAAUGUUGAUUGCCGCUUUGGCAUCAUCCAAUCAUUCUCCUGAUGCACAGAUCACACUCGUUUCCGAAGUCAAAGUUGCUUUGACGAGAGCGCUUUACUUGCCAGAAUCUGCAGAUAAACAUCUCCAAGUACAAAAUAUAUGCGGGAUCAUUUCCACAAUGAUUGAUAAUUGUCCCCUACCUCACGCAAACAGAUGGACGAGCUGCAGUAUCAAUAAUAUCGUCAAACUUAUGAUAAGAAGAGGCGUGUUUAGUGACUUAGCAAAAAUAACUCAUUACCUGGAUUUGUCUUCUCCCAGCACAGCUUUUACAGCAAACGCAUGCUUAAAGCCGCUUGAAUCUCUGUCUAGAACCAUAAACCAGCCUGCACCAAAUAGCACCAAUAAUAAGACUAGAAAAUCUCAGCAAUCAACCGAUGAUAACGCUUUAAAUCCAAGCGGCACAUCCACAGAAGGAACAAACGCCCAUGGUGAAGAAAUUGAGGAUGCCGAAAAUACAGAACAUGACAUUUCUGCUGUCGCCUCCAGCUUAGAAAACAACACUGUUGGCACUGGGGAACUCGAAAAUGCCUUGGACGAGAUGAUGGAACAUAUUUUGGAGCGAAGAAAUACAGAUAACAAUCAAGGUUACAACGACGUCCCAUCUUCUAGAAAUAACACCAUGGAUAUAGAUGAGGAACUCACCAUUAAUUUCGAAAACGAGCGAGACGCAACGGAGGAACUGAUGAGUACAGAUUCAGGCGAGUCCGACUCAAAUCCUUCUGAUCAGGUUGACGAUGAAGGUAACGAUGAUAACGAAGGAGAUGAUGAUAAUAUAGAUGAUACUGAGGAAAAUGAAGACAACAACUAUGAUGAUGAUGAUAGCAAUGAAAGAGAUCGAAGAAGAGUUCCUGGUUCAGAUUUGCUUGAAGGCAGUUCGGGAAUGUUUAGAAUUGCUACAAAUGACAGAGACGAAGACAUACUGAUGAUUCAGUAUGAAGGUGAUAAUGAUAAUGCCUUGCCUAGGAUGAUAAGAUGGAAUGAAAAUGGUUUCUCUGUUCCAAUUCUGGAUGAAAACAAUCCUAAUGAUCACACAGCUAUUACACACCCGCUUUUGAUGUCCCGCAAUACUGUGGAAACUACUCAAUCCACAGCGACUCGUAAUCAGAGAACAAACCGUACCAGAAGAUACCAGUAUCUGCUUAGUCCAAGGAAUCCUAAUCCUCCAGUUAUCCUGCAGAGGCUCCUGGGUCCACAUGAUCCUCACAUUGCGAACAUGAUGUCUGCAAACAAUCUUCUGAGCGGUCCAACGGAGAUACGCGAAUCUGCCAGAGUAGUCGUGAUGGACAAUUUUGGUAUAAUUCCAUCCAACGAGGAACAAAUCGACUUCGUUGAUCAAUCCGGUUACCUGUUUGGCCCUAGCUUGGCCGCCACUUUGAACCACGUGCCCCCAGUUUUACACUGGUGGAAUAUAGAAUCUAAAUUACUUGAUCUGGACUCAGUAUUUGAUUGCACGACGGCCAUUUGCAAUAAACUUCUUCCUUCGUUGAUAAACUAUAGAAACGAGGAGAUUCGUACUAAAAAAAACAAAGAAGAAGAUGAAAAUUCAAAGAAAAGAAAACAACCGACGAUUGAAGACGAGAGUGGUGAUGAUUCAGAUCUGUUCAACUAUGAAGGAACACACAUCAAUAAUGGAGAGUCAAGCGCUGACCAGAGCAAAGAAGUUCCAUUAAAUACAUCAGAUGGUCCAGCAGAACAAAAUUCCAGAGAAGAAGGUGAGGAAGACAUAGACGGAGUGCCUAUAGAGACAUCUGAUACUUCCAAUGACAGAUCAGAUGAAACUGCUCAGAUUGAAGAACAUAUGUAUGUUCCAUUCCUCAGUAUUGUGGGAGUUGAGAGGGAAUCCACUCCAAUUUUGGAAACUACACAUAAUGCCUCUGUCCAAACCGGAGAUGAGACAGAAAAUAUAUCUAGGAGCGUAGACGAUUCUAACAGCCGAAACGAAUCAGAUGCAAGACCAGCAGAAAGUGAUUUCUCAAGUGCUUUUGCAUUGUCUCUUCCACCGCCUGAUAUGCCCGUUAACCGACCAAUAUUUGAUAGAGAGCUCAGUAUUUCAACUGUGGCAUCGUCCGACAGGAAUGAGGAAGAUAAUGAAAUCAACGAAUCUCAAAGAAAUAAUGACCUCCUUGACUUCCCCCAAUAUACCAAUAAUCCUCUGAGAGCGAUAUUCGAAGAAGCUAUUGGGCAUUCUCUCGGGGAUGGAAUGGAACAAAGUGAUAAUAACUCUGGUGAAGCUGGACCAGAAUCCAGUCAAGGAGCACCUGCCGAAAAUGACAGCAAUGAUGCACCAGCAGCUGCAGGUGCAGCAGGUCCAAGUACAUCCAACGAUGACGAAAUACCGGAAGGUGUGGACCCAUCCUUCUUGGAGGCACUUCCUCCCGAAAUGCGUAGGGAGGUCCUUGAGCAGCAUCGAAUUUUAUGCUUGCAGCAACGCAUUGCUGCUGGCACUGCUACCGCUCCAGCUGCAGCUGCCACGGGACAACCAGAGCAACCAGCAGCCUCCAAUGAAGUGAGUCCUGAAUUCUUGGCUGCCUUGCCUCCGGCUCUCCAAGAAGAAGUGCUGACUCAACAGCGAUUAGAGCAACAACGUCAAGCCGCAGCAAGGGCUAAUCCUAACGAACCUCUUGAUGCAGGAGCUUUCUUUGAAACAUUGCAACCGUCCUUGAGAACAAUGAUAUUAUCUGAUAUGGAAGACUCGCAGAUGUCUGCUUUGCCGCCUGACUUGGCUGCAGAAGCUCAGACCCUACGUAGGGAUUGGUAUGCUAGGAAUCGGCAGAUGGCUCAGGAAAGGUUUCUGCAGAGCAACUUAACUACUAUAUACAGACAUUCAAGAGGCAGACACCCCUUUAGACCCACAAACUUUCAAAGAGGAAGCUGGAGUCAGUGGAGUAGAGACUUUAUGAACAAUCCAGUUCCCUCGAAUUCACCAAUGAAAAUAAGAGGUCGCCAGCUGUUGGAUCAUGAUGGACUGGCAUGUUUACUAAUUUUGUUGUUUACGGAUGAUCCUCAUUUGAACCGGCUGAGGUUGCAUAGAGUUAUAAGGAACUUGUGCUACCAUGCGCCAACUCGAGAGUGGGUGAUCAAUGCUUUACUAACCAUUAUUGAGAAAAGCGUUCACACACAGCCUGAGGACAACAUCAACAAACCUUCAAGAAAAGGGCCGAAGCCUGGUCCUUUGACCAGUAAGCUUCUCACCGAUGCUAAAUAUCUACAGAGUGGUGGACAUUGGCUUACCAUUCGCAUGGAAGCUGCGCUGGGCUGUGCAGCAAAUGUGUUCAUCGUGAACAAGACAGUUGGCAAAAAAUGUGAUAAAGCAUGCGGAGCCUCAGUAAUCAGUAUACACCCUCAAGCUGCUCCGAUUGUCUGCAGAAAUACUCUGGACCUGUUCAUUUCUCUAGCAAAGGCUUUCCCGUCCUGUUUACUGCCUAUAAAGUGCAUUAGGGAUGACACUGAUAAAAAUACCAUAACUCCUGUGAAAGUUAAGACAGAAUCUUCAGACUUUUGGGAUGUGCUUCUUCGUCUCGACUCUGCUACAAAGAAGGGUAAGAGUAUACCAAAGAAUAACACCUCAAGCAGUAGUGACGCUGAAACACCAAUUCUCUUUGAACAAACUGUUUUCGGCAAACUGCUCAACAUGUUGGCCACACCUGUUAUCAACAGGAACACCAACUUGACGGAUAAUUUGUUGAAGCUGCUUUCCGUCACGACUUCCGGUAUGCCUGAGUUGGUUAAACCUCAAAAGUCUAGCAAGAAGGGCCAAAUUCCUGAUCUCAUGAAUACUCCCCCUAUACACGCCCUCAGCUUGGCUGUCAAUGUAAUUACAUACAAGAAUUGUUCUGAAGAAGGCUUGGAAUUCAUUACUAAUUUGCUACUAAAUUUGGCAAAUUCAUCCUUAGAUAUGAGUUUUAUGAUUCUGAAACUCCUUCUGAAUGGUGCUGUAGAAAUAGGUAAUAUAGUUCAAUUCCAAAUUCAGAAUAUGCUGAGAGACUUGAGAAAUUUGAUCAUCUGCACACAUAAAAGGAAACUUGAAGAAACUGGACCUUCCACGUCUAAAGGAGUUCUUCAUAACAGAUUUACAAAUGAGCAAGUUGUUGUUAUGGCUUCAUCUAAGGUGAAGACUUCUUGUGAACUACAGUUACCUUCCAUGGUCCCAUUGACAAUUAAAUCGUCAAGCCAAGUGUUUUUCCUCAGAGUACUGAGAGUUAUUGUCCAAAUAAGGAAUUCUAUAAAACAAAGUAUGAAAAGAGCAGAGACGGGGUCAUAUGAGCUACCAGCUUUGAGUGACCAACUGAGCAGCCUUAGUAGCUUUUGGGAAACAUUGAGUGAAUGUCUUUCUGAAUUGGAACAUGCACCAGAUCAUCAUGCUGUUCUAGUUUUACAGCUAGUAGGUGUUGAGCUGCAGUCACAAUUUUUGAGAAAAGAAGCCGAACAAGAAGAAAAUGUGCAAGAAAACUCUGAAUCAGAGCAAACUAAUGAAAAUCAAACUACAGCUGAGGAGCAAACUUCCUCAGACUCUCAGGCAGUUGCCGAAACUCCCGCUCCGACAGAGAGUGAAAAUGAAACAGAAACUGGACCAGUUGACUCUGAACAGCCAGAACCAACAACAGCAAAUACUGCUCCGAGUACUGUUCCUGAACCUGAAAAAAUCGUGGAAGCAGUAGCUAAUAAAGCAACAGUAACUCCUGAACAGCAAUUAUUCCUGGCCUUCGCUGAGAAACAUCGGACUGUGUUGAACCAAAUAUUGAGGCAGAGCACUGCCCAUUUGGCAGACGGUCCUUUUGCUGUACUUGUUGAUCACACUAGAAUUCUUGAUUUCGAUAUCAAGAGGCGGUAUUUCAGAACGGAGCUUGAAAGGUUGGAUCAUGGGAUUAGGAGGGAAGAAACUGCAGUUCAUGUUAGGAGAAACAACAUAUUCGAAGACUCGUUCAGAGAACUUUUCAGAAGGCCCCCAGAAGAAUGGAAGAAUCGAUUCUAUAUUGUGUUCGAAGAUGAGGAAGGACAGGAUGCAGGAGGUUUGUUGAGAGAAUGGUAUGUGAUCAUUUCAAGGGAUAUCUUCAAUCCUAUGUAUGCUUUGUUUACUGUGUCACCUGGCGACCGGGUCACUUAUAUGAUCAAUUCUGCAAGUCAUUACAACUCCAACCAUCUUUGUUACUACAAAUUUGUUGGAAGGGUUAUAGCCAAAGCUAUAUAUGACAAUAAACUGUUGGAAUGUUAUUUCACCAGAUCUUUCUACAAACAUAUUUUGGGAAUAUCUGUCAAGUACACUGAUAUGGAGAGCGAAGAUUACAGCUUUUAUAGAGGCUUAGUUUAUCUCAUGGAAAACAACAUAAAUAAUCUGGGCUUAGAUUUAACGUUCAGUACAGAGAUAAGCGAGUUUGGAGUUACCGAAACCAGAGAUUUGAUACCAAAUGGAAGACAUAUUGCUGUUACUGAAGAAAAUAAAAUGGAAUAUGUCAGAUUAGUCUGCCAAAUGAAGAUGACUGGAGCAAUCAAGCAACAGUUGAAUUCAUUCCUAGAAGGAUUCUAUGACAUCAUACCUAUGCGACUAAUUUCAAUAUUCAAUGAACAAGAGUUAGAAUUACUGAUUUCUGGAUUACCAAAUGUAGAUAUAGAUGAUUUGAAAGCCAACACAGAGUACCACAAAUACCAAACAAACUCAUUGCAGAUUCAGUGGUUCUGGAGGGCUCUGAGAUCUUUCGAUCAAGCCGAUCGUGCCAAAUUCUUGCAGUUUGUAACGGGCACAUCGAAGGUACCUUUGCAGGGUUUUGGUGCCCUCGAAGGCAUGAAUGGUGUUCAAAAGUUCCAAAUACACAGAGAUGAUCGAUCUACAGAUCGUUUACCUUCUGCGCAUACAUGUUUCAACCAACUGGACCUUCCUGUAUAUGAAACUUAUGAUAAGUUACGGGCUUACCUGUUGAAGGCCAUUCAUGAGUGCUCUGAGGGCUUCGGCUUCGCUUAAAGUAAUCCUUUAAUGUUUAAGACUGAUGUGUUAAAUUCUUGUUUAUAUCAAAAAUUUAGAAUAGAAUUCUUGUAAAUAUACAUAACUUAUAUGUUAAGUGUACAGACCACGACAGUGUAAAAAAGUUUAAUUUUAAUUUUCUAUAAACUUCAAAUUUUAAGUUAACUGUGGGUUAAACGCUUGAGUUACAAGUUUCUGUAAAUUAACUAAUAGGAAGGCACAUGUAUUUUUGUAAAGGGCCUUAAGGCAAUUCGAGUGUGAUAAAACUGAAUUUGAUAGUCAGAUUCAAUAUAUAUAUUUACUAUUUAACUUCAUUUAAGGUAAUUGUUAUUGCUAUAAUUUGUAUAAUUUAUAUUGAGGUAACUCAAAUAUUGAACACUUUUUCCUGUUUUUGUACAUGAAUUCGUUGGUCCCUACCUUUCAUUCAUUCUUGUCAUUAGAACAUUUUAAUACACGUCUCACAUUGUAAUUCAAAACUUGUGAUUUUAAUUUGAAUAAUAAUAAAUGUUUUCUCAAUA